AUGGCUCAAGCACACGGCACCUGCGACCCCAAGUUUGAACGGGUCCGCGCCAAAUUCCAGGAGUUCGUGGAGUCAGGAGAAGAACUCGGGGCUUCGCUCACGGUCACUAUCGUUGGCAAAGACGUUGUCAACAUCUGGGGUGGAUUUGCCGACGCAGCCCGCACACGUCCUUGGGAAGAAAACACCAUCGUGAAUGUCUGGUCAUCAACCAAGACCAUCUCCGCUCUCGCUAUCCUCUUGCUCAUCAACGACGGUCAACUAUCUCCCAAUGACAAGGUCUCCAAGUACUGGCCUGAAUUUGCCGUCAACGGAAAGGAAGACGUUCUUGUCCGCCACCUGAUUUCCCACACUUCUGGGCUGGCCAUUCUCGAGGCGCCCGCAGUAGUGGCAGACCUCUGUAACUCUGAGCUCAUGACCUCCAGAAUUGCGCAGCAAGCUCCGCGCUGGACACCCGGCACGGCUUCCGGCUAUCACUCCUGGACAUACGGCUACCCAAUCGCCGAGCUUGUUCGCAGAAUCACGGGUUUGAGCCUGAAGGAAUUUGUCGCUCAGAAGAUUGCUGGACCCGUUGGUGCGGAUUUUCAAAUCGGUGCCAAGGAGAAAGACUGGCCCCGUGUUGCGGAGUUGGUUCCUCCUCCGCCCUUCGUUCCACCCAGCGAAGCGGAGAUGCCCCCUCCCGACUCACUCAUGGCAAAGAUGUUCAACCCCUUCCCGGAUGCCGGUUUUGGCAACUCGCCAGAGUGGAGGAAAGCUGAGAUCGGAGCGGCAAAUGGACACACCAACAGCAAGGGUCUUGCGACAAUUUGGUCUAGGGCAGCUACAAUCAGCGACGAAAGCAAGCGAUUGCUGUCGAAGGAAACAAUUGAUCUGAUCUUUGAGGAGCAGGCAUACGGUACGGAUCUGGCUAUUGGUCAAGUUGUCCGCUUUGGUACUGGUCUGGGCAUCAGAGGCAACGGAGAUGCCAUCAUCGACUCCUGGAUCCCCGAGGGUAGACUUUGCUUCUGGGGUGGAUGGGGUGGCUCCAUGACUGUCAACGACAUCGACCGCCAUAUUACGAUCAGCUAUGCGAUGAACAAAAUGGACCCCGGCACUGCGGGCAACGCUGCUGUCAGAGAGUAUGUGGCUCAGGUUUACGAGGCUUUGGGGGUGCCGAUUCAACGAGACUCCACCAACGAGAAGAUGAAGAUGUGGAAGUCUUAG